AUGUCAACAUCACUUGCUCAAGCUCAACGAGCUAUGUCUUUAUAUGGUUUAUCAACAUUUUAUAUUCUUGGAACAAUUGGUAAUUUUCUAUUGAUUCGUAUUCUUAUACAACUUACUCAUCGAAGAAAUUCAUGUUCAUUGUAUUUACUUUCGGGAACAGUUGUUAAUUUUAUUCUUAUUCAAUGUAUUUUACCAUUAGCUAUCUAUUCUGCAGAUCAUGGGGAUCCACAAAAUAGUUUACUUAUUUGGUGUAAAAUUCGUAGUUAUUUAUUCAAUGCUCUUCUUAUGCUUUAUCGUUGGUAUAAAAUGGCGGCUUGUAUUGAUCGCGCAGCUAUGUGUAGCCGUCAUGUAUGGAUACGAGCAUUUAGUAAUGUUUCAAUUGCUUAUCGAACUAUCUCAAUUAUAACAAUUAUUUGGCUUUUAAUACCUAUUCAUUUAGGUGUCUAUUUUCGAAUUGAAUCUGGUCGUUGUGUACCACAAUCAGGUAUUUAUGCAAAACUUUUUAGUGCAUAUUCAAUUAUAAUAUCUGGUUGGUCACCGCCUAUAGUCAUGGCAAUAUUUGGUUUUAUUGCAUAUCGAAAUUUAAAAAAGAUAAGAGCACGAGUUACUCCGCAAAACUUCUCUGCCAGUUUUAAUAAUAAUUAUACAGACACCUCGACUAGAAGAACAAUCAAUAAUCAAGUUUUUAGUAAACGUGAUCAACAAUUAUUACUAUUACUUAUUUGUGAAGUUUUACUUUAUAUUUUUACAAAUCUUCUUUAUUCAAUUAAUAUAACUUAUUCAGCAAUUACUUCAAAUUAUCCAAAAAGUAUUGAAAGAAUUCGUAUUGAAUCAUUUAUUUCUUAUUUUUCAACACCAUUUCUUAUUAUUAUUAAUAAUUGUGCACCUUUUUAUCUAUAUCUUAUUGUUUCAAGUAAAUUUCGACAAGAUGUUAAAAAGCUUUUCACUUCUUGCUGUCAUUCACAUCAAGUAGAGCCACAACAGAAUAAUGCUGCCAUAAAUACCAAUAGAGUGACAACGACAAACAAUCCAUUGUAG